CUAAUAUGGGAUUUGUGAAGAAAAAGUAUUUAACAUGCUUUUGGGAGUAAAGGAGACCAACGAAGAUCUACAAACUCACACAAACAAAAUGCAAAACCCGUUGUCAUUCUCGCGGUAUUAUUUUCUCUGUCUCUCGUUCACUCUAAUAGGUUUGAUUGGAUUUGGGUGGAGUGAUGGAGGGUUUUGCGCGGCGCCUUCCAUUGUCAAUGGCGAUAGAAGUGAGAAACCACUGUACUGGAAGGUCACGAAUCCCACUCUAUCGCCUCAGCAUCUUCAAGAUUUGCCCGGUUUCACACGCAGUGUCUACAAAAGAGACCAUGCUUUAAUAACACCCGAAAGUCAAGUAUUCAGCCCUUUGCCCGACUGGACAAACACAUUGGGAGCAUAUUUAAUCACUCCUGCAAUGGGUGCACAUUUUGUUAUGUACCUGGCAAAGAUGCAAGAGAAUGCAAGAUCAAGGGAGCCCCCUCACGAUAUAGAGAGGUUUUUAUUCACAAUUGAGGGUACUGUAACACUCACUGAUGCUUACGGAAUUAGCCACAAGUUGACGGUUGAUUCAUAUGCCUAUCUGCCCCCAAAUUUUGAACAUUCUCUCCAGUGUGAUUCAUCUGCUACUCUUGUUGUAUUUGAACGAAGGUAUGCCGGUCUGGGAAAUCAUAUUUCUGAGUUUAUUGUUGGUUCAACAGACAAGCAGCCACUUCUAGAGACUCCAGGGGAGGUAUUUCAGCUAAGAAAACUUCUUCCUCAAUCAGUGCCGUAUGAUUUCAACAUCCAUAUCAUGGAUUUUCAACCUGGAGAAUUCCUAAAUGUUAAGGAGGUUCAUUAUAAUCAGCAUGGCUUGUUACUUUUAGAUGGGCAGGGGAUCUAUCGCUUGGGUGACAGCUGGUAUCCAGUCCAAACGGGUGAUGCAAUUUGGAUGGCGCCAUUUUUACCACAAUGGUAUGCUGCCCUGGGUAAAACUCGUUCUCGGUAUUUGCUAUACAAAGAUGUAAACAGGAAUCCGCUGUAUGCAUGAAAUGUGGCCGUGAAGCUUAUUGACAUGAUGCGACAACACCAGAUAUACUUGAGAAGGAAAGGUUAAAGAUUGUGUCAACGGUGACAAGCCUGCAGAUUCAACAAGUCGUCACCGUGUAGCCUAUAAUUUUGUAAUCGGAAAACCAAUGAUAUGGGGACUGACUUACUAGCUGAUGGAAUUGCCAUUGCCAACAUUCUAUGAAUAGAUUUGUGCAAUCCAUUUGUUUGAUUCGGCUGC